UCGUCAUGGCGCUGGAUGCGGACGGCAGCCAGAGUUCAGUUUCCCCGUCUUCACCACGGUCUUUGCCUUUUUCUCAUUAACUUGGACACAGGGCUCUCUUACAGUCGCAUGUAGCUGAACGUUUAAUGCAUUUCGAGGCAAAUCCGUGGCAGGGGAUCUAUAGUAUUUGUCCGCUGAACACUUGUUAAGUGGCCAGUACAUUCCAGCUAGCUUGCUAACAAGUAGCAAGAAGGCAGAUACGGGGCAAGAAGAGGAGGAGUCCUUGUUUUGGAAGAGAUAAUGCAGACGCCAUGGCCAUAACCGAGGCAUGGGAGUGACGUGAUAGUGCUGAUCCUGCUUCCAAAUAAAAUCCUUAUCAGCACCAUGUUUUUUCUGCUGAAGUAGAGGCAGAACAAACAAAGAAUGGAUGAAUCUGUGCUUUUGGACUUACUCGAGUGCCCCGUUUGUCUGGAGCGGCUAGAUGCCUCAGCAAAGGUUCUACCCUGUCAGCACACCUUCUGCCGCCGUUGUCUCCAAGGCAUCUUAGGCUCCCGUGGAGAGUUGCGCUGCCCAGAGUGCCGGACACUGGUGGAGUGUGCUGUGGAUGAACUGCCCAGCAACAUCCUCCUGGUGCGCCUGCUGGAUGGUAUCAAGCAGAGGCCGCGGAGGGCUGGUCCUGGGGCAGGAGUCUGCACAAAUGGUACAUCUGGAGCUGGGGCCAGAGCACAGAGCAGUGGAUCCAGGGAGCAGGGUGCCCCAGGAGCACAGCCCCAGCGUGCUCAGGCUAAGAGCACCCUUGUCCGGGGUGUACCGCAGCUUCCCUGUGCCAAGGCCCUUUACAACUAUGACGGUAAAGAACCAGGAGACCUCAAAUUCAGCAAGGGUGACAUCAUCAUCCUGCGUCGCCAAGUGGAUGAGAACUGGUACCAUGGGGAGAUGGGUGGAGUCCAUGGUUUUUUCCCCACCAACUUUGUGCAGAUCAUCAAGCCGCUGCCACAGCCGCCUCCUCAGUGCAAAGCUCUCUAUGACUUUGAGCUCAAAGACAAGGAGGCAGACAAGGACUGUCUACCCUUCUCCAAGGAUGAUAUCCUUACUGUGAUCCGCAGAGUGGAUGAAAACUGGGCAGAGGGAAUGUUGGGAGAUAAAAUUGGAAUAUUUCCAAUAUCUUAUGUUGAGUUCAAUUCGGCAGCUCGUCAGCUUAUAGAGUUGGACAAGCCGUCGGACUCCAGUGGGGACUCCGGUGAGGGGGCCUCCUCGGGGCCCCAGAGCAAUGGUGCCCAGCGGGCGGGGGAGAAGAAGAACAGCAAGAAGCGCCAUUCCUUCACCUCUCUAACUAUGUCCCACAAACCCUCACUCGCCCCUCCCCCUCAGCGCCACUCCAUGGAGAUUAGCGGGCCGGUCCUCAUCAGCUCCAGCAACCCCACAGCUGCUGCCCGCAUUGGGGAGAUCACUGGGGGGCUCUCUUGCAGCGCACCUUCACAGGUACACAUUUGCACAACUGGACUAAUUGUGACCCCACCCCCAAGCAGUCCUGUUACUACGGCAACGGUCUUCACAUUUCCUUCAGAGACGAGCUACACAACCAUCCCUGUGGAUGCUCUCCCGCCUCCCCCUCCUCCUCCCCCACAAUCCUCUGUUGUUGGAGCAGCAUCUUCAUUGGCUGCAGGACAGAGACCCUCCCCCAGCAUAAGCGACCAAAGUGGCAGACAAAGACCCACAGUCUAUGUGGCCAUGUUUCCCUACACUCCCCGAAAAGAGGAUGAGCUGGAGCUAAGGAAGGGAGAGAUGUUUCUGGUGCUGGAACGCUGUCAGGAUGGCUGGUUCAAGGGCACCUCCAUGCACACCGGCAAGAUAGGAGUCUUCCCUGGGAACUACAUGAGUCCCGUCAGCAGGACAGCGUCAGGGAGCACCCAGCCCAAAGUGCCCAUGAGUCUGUGCACUCAGGCUGGCAGAGGAGUGACCAUCGUCAGCCCCUCUUCCACUCCUCUUGGAGCCAUCGUUCCAGGGCCUGACUUCAACAAACCCCUCACUGUGUGCCCGGGUCCUGCCCCUGCCAGCCCUCAGCCUGCUGCCGUGGUAACCGCAGCUCAAACAGCCACAGGUCAACAGCCAAAAGUCCUGAUGCAUGUCAGCUCCCAGAUGACUGUUAACCAGGCUCGCAACGCUGUCAGGACAGCUGCCUGCCACAGUCAAGAUCGGCCCACAGCAGCAGUGACGCCCAUCCAGUCUACAGCACCUGUGGCUUACCUGCCUCACCUCACAGUGUGCCCUCAGCCCUCCUCCAGCCCCGCUCAAGGAUGUGCCCGAGCCGGGGUGGCCAUGGGCUGCGCUGCUGCCUCCCUGACCCCACCCAACGUCAGUGCUGCCUCCUUAGAGGGCGAAGCUCUGCGGCCCGUAGCUGUCCUCACUGUGCCCGUUGGCCCUGGAAACAACUCUGCUCUCAACACCACCUCUCCCAACAUGGCUCUUGCCUGCCGACUGGACAAAGAUGUCAAGAGAGAGAAGAAGGGCCUUCUGAAGUUGCUGUCCUCCAACAAGAAAAAGGCUCGUCCUUCACCGCCCUCCUCUCCCACCCUUGAGGCAGAGCAGGCUGCUGCUGGGGAGGUGCUGCAGGGCGCCAUGGGGCCAGACACCACCCCUCCCUCUGGCAGUGCCAGUCGUGUGGAGCCUGAACCUGCUGCCUCUGCUGCUGCCUCUUCAUCAUCAUCGCCCUCGUCCUCAGCUCCUGAGUCUUCUCACCGCAAGAACAGUCCUCUUGACGGAUGCGCUCCCAUCGCUCCACCUCCUCGCCAAGCCUGCUCCUCUCUCUUAUCUCAACAGCAUGAUGCACGGCCCAUCAUAUGUGAGAGGUACAGAGUCGUGGUGUCUUAUCCUCCCCAGAGCGAGGCCGAGCUGGAGCUGAAGGAGGGAGACAUCGUGUUUGUUCACAGGAAGAGGGAAGACGGCUGGUUCAAAGGCACGCUGCAGAGGAACGGCAGGACUGGACUGUUCCCCGGCAGCUUUGUGGACAGCAUCUAACACACACUGCAGCUGAGAUGCCGUCACCGCCGCCGUCAGCGUCUCCUGGCUGACGGCUAUCAGCCUUGCCGUGCCGUACAAACCAGACAGAUCGGCGCUUGGGAGGCUGCCAGAACAAAACCAUCAGACUGACACUUAACUGACUUUGAGGCCACUGUGGCUGCAGUCACAGAAAGAGAACAAAGACGGCCGCAGCACAUGGGAGAAGGUUGCAGAGAAGAACAGAGCAUGUUGGCAAUUAAAGCACAGUGGGCAGAGCUUGAGGAGAGCACACUACUCAUGAACUUUCUUUCUUUAUGUUGGUUAUUUAUAUCUUUGUAACAAUUCAGAUGUUAAAUGUGUGCCUUGUACUGUUCCUCACUUUAUUGUACACAAGGAGACAAAGACAAUUAGUCACAAAACAAACAGUUAUGAGCUGUUAAUAGAUAGGUUACACAUUUUAACUUAUUUCAUAGUUUUGUUUUCUGGAAAAAUGAGCUUGGCCUUGUUGUAGUGUAAGACAUUUAGGGGUGAAGCUGGCACAUGCCUUAUCACAUAUUUUACUACAUCAUCUAUGCUUGUAGACUGCCAGAAAGGGGUUUACAGUUGUUUCGGUUGUCAGCUGAUAAGAGAAGGAAUAAGGAGCAGUGUCAUCAUCAGCAUAUGCUGCAUGGCAGGAAGAAAAUACUUCCCCAGUUCCAAAGGUAUUACCUAAUCCUGAUUUCAGAUCUGAUAGACCCGAUGAGACUCUUGGUACCAUUCACAGCCAUGUGGAAACUGCACAUCACAUCAUCAAGUAUUUUUUCCAGACUAGGCCAUUCAGAUGCUUAGUUUUUCCUUGGUGUGGCCGAUAUGCUGAGUUGUUGAUCUGCUACCUUGUGGUGAUCAAAUAUUUGCUUGUCAUUAGGAAAACCGUCUGCAGGAAAUGAGCUAGGUUUAGACUUGUUAGGCGACUGUUUGGUUUUGCGUUUUUAAUAUGCGAAAAAAAAUACACUCCAACAUAGACUUUGCAAUCAAAUAUUGCUUACUUUGUACUUUCUGUGUACUUACUGACCAGAGUAGCUGCUCUCCUAACCCCUUGGCGGUAGCCUAAGCACACCAGACGUAGCUCUGCAUCACAAGAGCGACACUCACCUAUCAUUUCAAUAACAGUGCACAACUGAUUAUUUCUAAUGUAUAUUUAUGCUCAUUAAAUUCCACAUGGAGUUGACACCAGCUGCUUUUAGAGAGUGUCUACAUGUAACGAACCUCAACACAGCAGGACACACACAAGACGCAGCCCUGAAGGUCACCCUUCACAGGCUCUCGAUUUUUGUACACUAUGACUCAUUCCUAAUGUGACUUGUUGCAAUAAAAACACAACUAGCUAGAGCACAGAAUAUUUUCCUCAACAUAUCAUUGGUAUCAAUUUACAGGAAGAGGUAUGUAGCUUAGUUCUCUUGAAUCUUCAAAGUUAGGAAUUAAUAGAAAUUGAUCACUCUGACCCCCUUCAUUUUUGAUUUAGUGGUUGGGUUACGGUGUACAUUACGUCUAUACAAAAUGUUUGAUGUCAAAUGUUGUAAUGACUUGAAUUACUGUAUGAUUUCCUUAUGAUUGGAGGGAAUUUGGUGGCAGAUGUGUUGCUGGUUGGACUGAAAACAAAAAAGAAUUAGGAACGAUAGAAUUAAUAUUUUUGACAAUGAAAUCUCAGAGCACCGUUUCUCUUCAUCGAAACAAAUCUUUUAAAAUAUAAUGCCUCCUCGUUUUUAUUUAUUCUCAAAAAAAUGCAUCGGAGAAAAAAAUACUGAACGUAGGGACUUCACCAUAUAAUUAAAUGUCGAUUUUCCCAAGCUUGCACGGAGAAAAGAUGUAAGAAAUGAGGGCAGAACUCUUGAAAUGCUCAAUAUUGUCUACCCCCAAAACCCCAAACCAGUUAAUGUAGUGUGAUUAAUUCAUCUGUAGAUUAGUGACGGCUACUGAAGAUCUUCAGCAAAGCCUGCAAGGUCUGGGGGUGGGGGGUAUUUAAACAUCUGAGUCUUGAGGCAAUCACUGAAUCGUGCCAAAUUUGGACAUUUCAUAUUAGAUCAGAAUGAAUUUUAUGACUGAAUCGGACCCAAUUUUUCAAUUUUUCAAUUUUCUUUCCUUUUUUUUUUUUCUUUCCAAGUGUUUUGUUGUGAAUUGACAGGGACCACUGUGUAACUGACUGCUGGAUAUGUUAUAUGUUGGUGUGAAAAUUGGAGAAAGCCUGGAAAUGGGUGGUACAAAUCACUGUUUGUCAUAGGGCCUUUAUUAUUGUUAUUAUUAUUUUUGUUAUGUUGUUAAAUUGGUACGCAUGUAGAAUUAACCCAAUGUUCUACAGUUGUCUUGGCAAUCACUGCACCAACCUCAGGCUAUGUGCUAAACCGUUUCUUUGAGUGUCUUUCAUUUCACUGAUAAGCCUUUUAUAUACACAACAGACACACACACACACACAAACACUCGUCAUAAUAACAUAUGCACUAACAUCAUCGAACAUCGUCUGCACAGUUUGAGACUGACAAAAGGUGAAGCAUUGUGUUCCUGUCCGCAGUCGUUAUACUGUAUUUUCAUUUCUUGGAACGCAGAGUAACACUAAAGUUUGCUUGAUUCAACUUAACGGAUUUUCCUCACGCCAAGGUGACUUACUUGAUUUUUUUAUUUUAUUUUAUUUUAUUUUUAUUUUUAUUUCUGUUUGUCUUGUUUUUGUUUCUGGAUUUAUUUUUUGUAUAGAUAGUCUGUAUGUCUGAAAAUGAUGAAAUUUAAAUCAGCUUAUUUGGCACAAGGCUAUGUGAAAAAAAAAAAAAAAAACAUUCUGAAGUAUUUGAGGGAAUAGCACAUUUUGUAAAAAUGACUAUAACAAUAAAAGCUAAUGGUUUCCAUA